UGCUGCCUCUGCCAGUGUGGGAAUGGACAGAUUGGGCUCCUUCAGUAAUGAUCCCUUUGAUAAGCCUCCCUGCCGGGGUUGCUCUUCCUAUCUCAUGGAGCCCUACAUCAAAUGUGCUGAAUGUGGACCUCCUCCAUUCCUCCUCUGUUUGCAGUGCUUCACCCGAGGGUUUGAGUAUAAGAAGCAUCAAAGUGAUCACACUUAUGAAAUAAUGACCUCAGACUUUCCUGUCCUUGAUCCGAGCUGGACUGCUCAAGAGGAAAUGGCCCUUCUGGAGGCUGUGAUGGAUUGUGGCUUUGGAAAUUGGCAGGAUGUGGCCAAUCAGAUGUGCACCAAGACCAAGGAGGAAUGUGAGAAACACUACAUGAAACAUUUCAUCAACAACCCUCUGUUUGCAUCUACCCUGCUCAACCUCAAGCAAGCAGAGGAGGCGAAAACUGCCGACACAGCCAUUCCAUUCCAGUCUACAGAUGAUCCUCCAAGACCUGCCUUUGAUUCAUUGCUUUCCCGGGAUAUGGCAGGGUACAUGCCAGCCAGAGCAGACUUCAUUGAGGAGUUUGACAACUAUGCAGAAUGGGACUUGAGAGACAUUGAUUUUGUCGAGGAUGACUCAGACAUUUUACAUGCCCUGAAGAUUGCUGUGGUAGAUAUCUAUCACUCCAGGUUAAAGGAGAGGCAGAGGCGGAAAAAGAUUAUACGAGACCAUGGCUUAAUCAAUCUUAAAAAAUUUCAGUUGAUGGAGCGGCAUUAUCCCAAAGAAGUCCAAGAUCUUUAUGAGACAAUGAGACGGUUCGCAAGGAUUGUGGGACCAGUUGAGCAUGACAAAUUCAUUGAAAGCUAUGCAUUAGAAUUUGAGCUUCGAAGAGAAAUCAGGCGGCUUCAGGAGUACAGGACGGCAGGGAUCACCAAUUUUUGUAGUGCCAGAGCCUAUGAUCAUCUUAAGAAGACCCGAGAAGAAGAGCGUCUGAAGCGUACCAUGUUGUCAGAGGUUCUUCAGUACAUUCAGGACAGCAGCGCCUGCCAACAGUGGCUCCGUCGGCAAGCUGACAUUGAUUCAGGCUUGUGUCCUUCAAUUCCAAUGGCUUCAAAUUCAGGUGAUACAGCCUACUUGCCAACCAAGAAGAAUGUCCCUUGCCAGAAACCCAAGGGUAGACGGAGUGCACCUCCCUUGAAUCUCACUGGCCUCCCCGGUACCGAGAAACUAAAUGAGAAGGAAAAAGAGCUCUGUCAGAUGGUGAGGUUGGUCCCUGGAGCUUAUUUAGAAUACAAAUCGGCUCUGGUGAAUGAAUGCAACAAGCAGGGCAGCUUGAGACUGGCACAGGCUCGAGCCCUCAUCAAGAUAGAUGUGAACAAGACCCGGAAAAUCUAUGACUUCCUCAUUCGAGAAGGGUACAUCACUAAGGCUUGACGCCUAGAGGGCCUGGACCUGGAACUCAGACACUUGGAAUGUUGUUGAUGGAAGGACAGCCAAGGAAAUUCCAGCAAGUUUUGUUUGGGGACUCGGGCAUUUUGUCAGUUUUGUAUCAAAGUGUCUCCUUUUUCUCCCCCACCCUGCUUUAGAAGGCUCUCGUCGUCAUCAUCAGUGUUGUGCUACAGAACUGUAUGCUAGCCAAGCUGUUAUUUAAUAUGAGUGGGCAUCCAUUCCUCAUGCCUCUUGGUGACUAAAAUGAGAAACAUAGGACCUCUCAUCACAGUGUUGGUCGAAAUAGCACCAAACCAUGGGCCCAGUGGCCCAGCUCAUCCACCUGGUAGCUGAGACAUGGGCUUUUCAAAUACCUCCCUUGCCCUUAAAUCUUACAGUCAGACCGUAGUGUCUUGAACACAAGGAAAUGUUUUUAGAGAUUAUGGGAAAGCUUGGCCUGCCUCUUUAAGUCUAUUUUUUUAUGCUAAUACCUGAAAGGUCCCCUUGAUCCUGGUGAGAGAGGGGCUGCCAGCAUCCUUGAUUCGUCUUGUCUCCAACUGUGUUUUCCAGUUGACUGGGUUUAGCUUUGUACUUAUUGCAGUCAAGCUAGCUCCCUAAUCAGUCUGUGGUAGAGUGUGGCGCCCACCGGAUGGAAGCUGUCUCUGUUAUUUUUAGAACUAAUGGAUUAAAAUGUUUUGCUAUUUAA